AUGGAUAACCGGGGCGAGCUCAUCGCCUACUCUCGUUCCAAGCGGCUGAAAGUGGAGAACCCUGCCUGGGAUGGGUCCGGCCAGCUGGCGGAGAGCAGCUACUACCAGCAGAGCCCGUCCCGGGGGGCCGCGCCCUCCACCUCCGGCCCCGGCUUCAACCCGGCGCACAACCCCCACGGCCAGGCGCCCCCGCCCGCGCCGGGCUCCUGGGAGCAGCCGGUGGUGCGGGCCGCCGACAGCACCGGCAGCCUCCGCGGGCCCCCCUCCUCCUCGUCUUCCUCGUCCGCCUCCAGCCGGCGCGCGAAGGACGCCGAGUCCUCCUCCCAGCCCGGCGAGCCGUACCACAGGCCGCACGGCCUGAAGAGGAAGAGCGAGGAGGUGGACAGCAGCGACAGCGUGCAGAUCCUGGAGGAGCUCUCGGCCCCCGUGGUGUCCAACCGUGCAGGUGGCGGCGGGGGGACCACCACCGCUCAGUCCAUAGCACACUCCACCUCCACCACCAAGAGCAGCAACUCCCACAGUGAGGGCGACUACCAGCUGGUCCAGCAUGAGAUCCUGUGCUCUAUGUCCAACAGUUACGAGGUGCUGGAGUUCCUGGGACGCGGAACCUUCGGACAGGUGGCAAAGUGCUGGAAGAGAGGCACCAAUGAGAUAGUGGCCAUCAAGAUACUGAAAAACCAUCCCUCGUACGCUCGGCAAGGCCAAAUUGAGGUGAGCAUCCUCAGCCGGCUGAGCACGGAGAACGCUGACGAGUUCAACUUUGUGCGCUCGUACGAGUGUUUCCAGCACAAGAACCACACGUGCCUGGUGUUCGAGAUGCUGGAGCAGAACCUUUACGACUUCCUCAAGCACAGCAAGUUCAGCCCCCUGCUGCUCAAGUGCAUCCGGCCCAUCCUGCAGCAGGUGGCCACGGCGCUGAUGAAGCUGAAGAGCCUGGGCCUGAUCCACGCCGACCUGAAGCCCGAGAACAUCAUGCUGGUGGACCCCCUGAGACAGCCAUACAGGGUCAAAGUCAUCGAUUUCGGCUCGGCAAGCCACGUCUCCAAAGCGGUCUGCUCCACCUACCUGCAGUCCAGAUAUUACAGAGCUCCAGAGAUCAUCCUGGGUCUUCCUUUCUGCGAAGCCAUCGACAUGUGGUCUCUAGGAUGCGUCAUAGCCGAGCUGUUCUUGGGGUGGCCUCUUUAUCCCGGGGCCUCGGAAUACGACCAGAUUCGCUACAUCUCUCAGACGCAGGGCCUUCCAGCAGAGUACCUCCUCAGCGCCGGGACCAAGACCAGCCGCUUUUUCAACAGAGGCCCCGACUCCAGCUAUCCGCUCUGGAGGCUCAAAACCCCCGCCGAGCACGAGGCAGAAAUGGGCAUCAAGUCGAAGGAGGCGCGGAAAUACAUCUUCAACUGUCUGGACGACAUGAUGCAGGUGAACAUGACCACCCUGGAGGGCACCGACAUCCUGGCCGAGAAGGCCGACCGCCGGGAGUUCAUCGACCUCCUGAAGAAGAUGCUGACGCUGGACGCCGACAAAAGAAUCACCCCUAUGAAGACGCUUAACCACCCCUUCGUCACCAUGACGCACCUGCUGCACUUCCCCCACAGCUCACACGUGAAAUCCUGCUUCCAAAACAUGGACAUAUGCAAGCGGAGAUGCAGCGCCUUCGAGAACGGGAAGAGCAUGUUCGCGGGCAGCGCCGCCCCGAGCGCCGCCACCAACCUCACCGUCACCUUCAGCAGCCAGCUCAACCAGCACAAUCAGAUGGCCUCCGCGGGAGGACCGUCGCUGUCCCUCAGCAGCAACGUCCCGCUGCUCAACUAUCAACCGGCCCUCUACCAGCAGGCCACCAUCAACAUCCCGGGCCUGACCCAGCAGGGCGUCCCUCUCCAGACCAGACCCACCCAGCUCUGCGCCCAGACCGAGCCCUUCCAGCAGACGCUCAUCGUCUGCCCUCCAACCAUCCAGGGCCUCCAAACCGCCAGUAAGGCAUCAGGUUACCCCGUGAGAGUGGACAACUCGGUACCUUUAGUCCCCCAGAACCAAUCCUCCCAAUCCCUCCACAUCCAGCCCAGCAUGCUGGCACAGCAGGGCUGGCCAACAGGAACACAGCAGAUCCUCAUCCCUUCCACAUGGCAGCAGAUGCCUGGAAUGUCCCUCCACAAUCCGGGGCAGGCGGUGGUGACCGACUCCCCUGUGGGAGACGCGGCCACCGACGGUCAGCAAGCUCCCGGAUGGAGGGGUCAUCACGGCGGCCAGUACGACGGCAGCGGCCAGCAGGAGUCCGGCGUCAGCCGCCACACUUCCAACCAAAACCACACCUCAGGGGCCACUCACACACGGUCCCAGCAGGGCAAAAGAUCAAAGGCUCGGCAUGCCGAGAGCAGAGCGAGGGUGGUGCCCUCAGCACAUCCGGCCGUCACCGUGGUCCGAAACACCUCUUUCCUGGGCGACCAGUCUCAGCCCAUCGUCAUCUCCGACACGCCGAGCCCCGCCGUCAGCAUCAUCACCAUCCACAGCGACUCAGAGGAUGAGGAUGAGAGGAAGGCCCCCGCUGCCUGCUCUGGAGUGAGUCAGAGGACAAACGUCAUCAGUUGUGUGACGGUGCAUGACUCUCAUGACUCGGACUCCUCCACCAGCAGCCCCGUGAGUCCCAAAACCAGCACACAGCCCUGCAAGUCUCUGGCCAUCAUCAUGCCCUCUGUGAAGACUCAGCCUGGAGAGAGCUCGGCGCACAAAGCUGCAGCAGCUGCAGAUCCGACUCCAGCUGGCUCUACAAAGUGCAAGAAGGCGUCCGGUCAGCCAGCGGCCCGGCCAGGAGACUCCAGCGCUGACCGCCAUCAGCGGGCUCCUGGCGGCGGCUCCUCGCGGCGGCCGCCCGCGUACCCGCCCCCGGCCCCCUCCCACUCGUCCUACCGCUUCCACGAGAGCGCGCUCUUCGGCCCCGCCCCCGGCCUGUACGCCUACCCGGCCUCCGCCGCGCUGGCCUCCGUCUCCCAGGCCGUGGACCAGCUGCAGGGCGGGGCCCGCCACGCCAAGCCCGGGGGGGCCUACCCCCCCCUGGCCCUGCUGCAGAAGGGCAGCGGCCUGGUCCCGGGACAGUACACCACCCAACACCACCACCUCCAGCAGCAGCAGCAGCUGGGGGGGGCCCAGACCUUCCACCACCGGCCCGGAGCCGCCUACCCGCGGAAGCUCAACCAGUUCCCGUACAUGUGA